GAGGAACAGGACUCAUCUGCCUCGCAGGGUCUGUAAUUAGGUCUUGGCCCGACAGGUGUGUGACGCCGCGUUUUUGGCUUCUGUCAUCGGACAUACGGGGACGGCGACAGUACACUUGACAGCGCUGGCCAGUGUCCAAUUUGUGCCUGGCUUUCCCUGUGUAGUCGCGGUGCAUGCUGAUCGGCGUGGUCCUGGCGCAUAACGACAAUGUCGAGCGCGGUCUGGUGAACCGAUGCCCUAUUCAGUGCAGGGGUACAAAAGGGGACCAUGUCGAGGACUCGAACGCCAGCAUCCUCCCCUCCCUGGAUCAUUUCCUACACAGUUCAUAAUGUUCAAACAUACCAGCCUCAUCGCGCUCGCUGCCCUCGCGGUUGCUGCCUUUGCCUCCCCCGAGCCUUGGCACGGCAUCGUGCCUCCUCUUCACCGCCGUCUGACCGGCCAGAACGUCGCGUUCUCCUGCUACGGCGGGGGUGGCGACUGCGAGUGUCCGACCGACCUGACCGGUGACAGCAAUGGCGUCCUGAUCAACGUCUACCCCGGCUACCAGUGCGCCUACGCCGGCGGUGCUUGCACCUGGGACGACAAGACCGGUGCCCUGCAGAAUACCGCCCAGACUAAUUGCCCGGCCUCCGCGCCCUGCAGCACCACCAGCGGCUGCCAGUGCCCCACCGACAACAACGGCGACGCCGGCGUCUUGAUCAACCAGUUCACCGGCUACCAGUGCGCGUACGUCCAUGGCGCCUGCACCUGGGACUACACCGGCGCUCUGCAGAACACCGCCCAGACCAACUGCCCGACGACCGCACAGUGCGCGCAGUUGGCCGGAGAUUCUUGAGCCAUAGCAAGUCGUGACAUGCUGAUGCACGUCUCACGUUUUGUAGUUUGUUUCUUGGGUUCUGCGGGGCGAUAUGCUUGCUUGCUCAUGGGUUGUAUGUCGUGUAAUCUGGGUAAUGAGCGAAGUUAGACUCGAUAUCCUCGGGCUUUCCUUGUGAUGUCAAUGUUACUGUGAGGUGCACUAUAUAUGAUAUCGUCAUAGGACGUUCAAAAGGGGCAAGCUGCCUGCCAAUAUUCGCAAGUUUGGCCCGACCGUGACUGUCGUCUGUAAAUUACCUUGCGACUAGCAAGGUCUCUUCGGGGGUCUGAAUUCGUCGUGGGAAAUUUCCG